CCUCCUUCGUCUCUCCCUUUCUUUAUUUUUCUUCUGUGUUUCGAUUGCCCUAUUUCCUCUGCAACUACUUUUUUUUUUCUAAACCUGGUCGCCUCUCCCUUCAUUCAAUUGCUUUUCUGUGUCUUCGAUGCCCUAUUUCUCUGCCAAGUUCUUGCUUGGGUCGGUCCCAACACCAAUCAACUAACUUUUUUUUUUCUUUUAGUUUCUAUUGUUUGUUGGAAAAAAUGAUUGAGUGUUAUCGGAAUUCUUCAAUUGAAUGGAAGCCAUCUCCUGUAGUAGCGCUAGCCUCCAGCGCUGAUGACUCUCAAGUCGCGGCUGCCCGAGAAGACGGCUCCCUUGAGAUUUGGCUGGUGUCUCCGGGUUCCGUCGGGUGGCACUGUCAGCUGACGAUAAUUGGAGACCCUACUUCUAGGGUUUCUUCACUUGUUUGGUGCUGCACCGGUUCCAAAGAUAGGCCAUCUGGUCGCUUAUUUUCAUCCAGCAUUGAUGGUUCUAUUUCCGAGUGGGAUUUGUUUGAUUUAACACAGAAGGUUGUUUUAGAAUCAAUUGGCUUCUCCAUUUGGCAAAUUGCUGCUGCACCCUGUAAUAGUCGUGAAGUUGACAGUGAGGUAAAACCACAAGACAUGCAAAAUGGGCACUUAACAGACAAUGAGAGUGAUUUCCAAGAUUGUAGUGAGAGUGAAGACGAUUCUAAUUCCUCGGAGCUUCAUGUCCAAUCUAGUGAUGAAAAUCCCUCUCUAGCUAUUGCUUGUGAUGAUGGUUGUGUUCGUAUUUACAAUAUAUGUGACGCAGAAGAGUUUAUUUACAAAAGGUCGUUGCCUAGGGUCAGUGGCAGGGUUUUAAGUGUAACAUGGAGUAAUGAUGCAGAACGGAUAUUUUCAGGGAGCAGUGAUGGGUUUAUUCGAUGCUGGAAUAUUAGUCUCGGGCAUGAGAUCUACAGGAUUACUGCAGGACUUGGAGGUUUAGGCAGUGGGCCAGAACUUUGUGUUUGGUCAUUACUUUACCUGAGGUGCGGUACCCUUGUCAGUGCAGAUAGUACUGGUAGUGUGCAGUUUUGGAACGGUAAUCAUGGAACUCUUCUGCAAGCGCACACUCUACACAAGGGUGAUGUUAACAAACUUGCAGCUACUCCUAAUCAAAAUCGAGUAUAUUCUGCUGGCUCUGAUGGUCAGGUUAUUCUAUAUAAGCUCUCUAGCGAGAAUGUUGCAUCUCAUGACGACGAGUGUUCUUCUGAAGUGAUGAAGAAAUGGAUUUAUGUUGGUCAUGUGAGAUCUCAUACUCAUGAUAUCAGGGCUUUGACUGUUGCGGUACCAAUUUGUCGAGAAGCAGCAGAGCUGCCUCAAGAUGACGAGGUAAAAAGGGCCCGUAAUAAGAAGCCUAAUGAUUUUAGCUAUCGGAAGUGGGCCCAUUUGGGAGUUCCAAUGCUUAUCUCAGGUGGUGAUGAUGCAAAGCUUUUCGCAUAUUCUGCUCAGGAAUUUACCAAAUUUUCUCCCCAUGAUAUAUGUCCUGCACCCCAAAGGGUGCCUAUGCAACUCGUACUUAACACAAUUUUCAACCAAGCACCAUUAUUACUUGUUCAGGCUGCUCACUCUCUGGAUAUCCUAUGUAUUCGCCCAAAAAGUGGUUCCUUUAGAGAUAUGGCUUGUGGCCCUUCUAAGGGACUUGCAAAGGCAGAUUUAUUGGUUCGAGUUAAGAGCAAGGCAUCACGAAAGAUUAUCUGCAGUUCUAUUUCCAACUCCGGGAAGCUAUUUGCAUAUUCUGAUCAUGCCAAACCCAACCUAUAUGAAUUGAAGAAAUCUGGGGGAAGCAAAUGUUCAUGGACGGUUAAUAGAAGGCAACUUCCAAACAUGCUUCCAUUUGCCCAUUCCAUGGUCUUCAGUUUUGAUUCUUCUCGAUUAAUCAUAGCAGGGUAUGAUAAAAGGAUAUAUGUUGUGGAUACGGGCAGUUUGAAAGUGAUACAUAGUUUUACGCCUUUCCGGGAGCUGCAGGAUGAUGCCUUGCCUCCUGCUGAGCCUCCUAUAACAAAAAUAUUUACAAGUUCAGAUGGGCAGUGGUUAGCUGCAGUCAACUGCUUUGGAGAUAUAUACGUAUUCAAUAUGGAGAUAAUGAGGCAACACUGGUUCAUUUCAAGACUAGAUGGUGCCUCAAUUACUGCUGGAGGCUUUCCUCAAUGGAACAACAAUGUGCUUGUGGUCACUACUUCCUCAAAUCAGGUUUAUGCCUUCGAUGUUGAGGCUAAACAAUUAGGAGACUGGUCAAUGCGGCAUACACAAGCUCUCCCCAAGAGAUUCCAAGAAUUUCCUGGGGAGGUUAUUGGUCUCUCUUUUCCUCCGUCUGCCACUUCUUUGCCUGUUAUCGUGUAUAGUUCCAGAGCAAUGUGCCUAAUUGACUUUAAGAUGUCGGUGGAUCAAGAUGAUGAAUAUGUCAUGAUAAGUGGACAAGAUUCAAUGGUGAAGAGUUUACGGGGUACUCCAGUCAAUGGGAAAUUGAAACGUAAGUUAAGAGACUGCCAAACAGACGGUAGAAAGAAUUUUGAAAUUUUUCCUUUUAGAGAUCCUGUUUUACUUAUUGGACACCUCUCCAAAACUUCAGUCUUGAUUAUAGAAAAACCAUGGUUAGAAGUGGCUAACACCUUCGAUGCCCCACCUGUGCACAGACAUAUAUAUGGGACUUAAAUCCUCAUAUUAAAGCCGGUUUUAGGAUAUACUUGAAUGUUGGUAUCCACCAAUUCUUUCUGACAUCUCUCUAUGUCUUACAAUUUUGUUCUGUGGAGGGAGGGAGGGGGCGUCAUCUGAGCGUUGUUGUAUUGUAAUAUUGAAUUUUUUCUUUUUAACUUAAAAGUAGUUCUUUUAGUCUACGAAGUUCAAGCUUUUGCACCUCCCUGCCCCACCCCUCCUACCAAAAACUAAUAAUCACCCCAUCAAAAAUAGUUGUUCUA